AUCUCUCCAGGUCCAGGCCAGUAGUCUGUGUCAAAUUCCGGCCAACGCCCUCUUUUUCUCUACGUCCAUAUAUACCCCACCAUCCCUUUCUCCCCCUUUACCUCAUUCUUUUCUCCCCACUUUUCACUUCUCUAUACACGCAUCUUUUCAAUAUAUUAGCUGUGCCACACUACUAAAAUGUUUUUGUAGUCUCUUAAGCAGCUAGAUACCCUCAUUGUUAAAUAAUUUAGCUUUCUUUCUUUGUUUUUAUAGUUUCUUGAAUUGGUUUGUUGGGAUACUGAUGAUUAAUAAAGCUUUGUUAUCAGCUGGUGGAGAUAACAUGCUGCACUGUACAGACAUGACAGUGCUUGAUAGACAAAGGGCUCGUAUCAAAUGGCAACAAGAACAACAGCAGCAUCAGGUUCAGCUACCACAGCAAGAGAUUAGUUAUUUUUGUGAAUUGAAUAGGGUGUUCCAACAAGCUGGGUUUCAUGAGGGUGGGUUAAGUGAGGUGGUGACCCGGUCCGUGAAACCUGACCCGGGUUUGGUGGAUAAUAGGUGGCAUAAUGAUCAUGUUGUGGGGUUUGGUGUUGGGCCUCCUUAUACUAAUGGGUUGGGUUUUGAGUUGAAUUAUGGUGCCAUUUCUAGGACUUCUAGCUGCCCCCCGGGGUUAGCCGCUGCGGCUACGGUUACUGCUACAGUGAGAGGUGCAGAGUCUGUUGUGUCAGAUAAGAUUAGUUCCGGGGUUGGCAAAGAGAGUACCAAGAAGAGAAAGUUUGAUAAGGUGCAAAAUAACUCAAAGGUUGUUGCAGAAGAGGACACCAGGGACAAAAGGAUCAAAGGACGUGCGGAGGAAGGAGAGUCAAACACCUCCGAGAAAAAUAACAACAAAAGCAGUAGCAGCAAUAACAACAGCAACAAAAACAAUAACAGUAACAAAGACAAUUCUGCCGAGACCUCGAAGGACAAUUCCAAAGUAACUGAGGUUCAAAAGCCAGAUUACAUUCAUGUCCGGGCACGUCGCGGUCAAGCUACCGACAGCCACAGCUUAGCUGAAAGAGUGAGGAGAGAAAAAAUCAGUGAAAGAAUGAAGUAUCUGCAAGAUUUGGUACCAGGGUGCAAUAAUAUCACAGGAAAGGCAGGCAUGCUUGAUGAAAUCAUUAACUAUGUUCAAUCUCUUCAGAGACAAGUAGAGUUCUUGUCGAUGAAACUAGCUGCUGUAAAUCCAAGGCUUGACUUCAACAUUGACAGCUUAUUUGCCAAAGAGGCUUUUCCUGCUUGUUCAACCAAUUUCCCCACAUUUGGGAUAUCACCGGAUAUGACUAACGCUGCAUACCUUCAAUUUAAUCCAGCACAACAACAAUUAGUUUCAUGCUGUGGAUUGGAUAUGGGGAUAAAUCCUCCUGAUAUGGGGCUUAGAAGGACCACUAGUACUCCCGUAUCUAUUCCCGAAACAUUUCUUGACUCAUCCUGCUUCACUCAAAUCCAGGCCCCACCAACUUGGGAUGCUGAUCUACACAAUCUUUACAAUGUAGUAUUUGAGCAAGGGAGACAAACGACCUUCCCAGUUCAGCCAUUUACAGGUUCUGUUGAAGCUAGCAAUCUGAAGAUGGAGAUGUGAAUCAGAAUAUCAAUUUAUACAAUUCCGGAAGACUUUAUUCCACAUUGCCUUUGUUCCCGAUUCUUUUACUACUCUUAGUACAUAGCGUAUAUAGUUUGUAUGUAUACUUUCCACAUAGUAUGAAUAAAAGCGAUACCUAUUAACAUCAA